GUGGCGUUCCUGGAGCCGAAGCUGAACCACCUGAACCCCAGCUCCGUCUACAGCACCAAGAGCGCCCGCGAGCGCGCACUCCUGGGUCUCCCCCCCCGCGUCGAGGACCUGUGUCCGGACCUGCCGGACCUGGAGCGGCUGAUGGGUGACAUCGGUGGCCUGGCGGAGUCGGGGGCGCGCUACACGGAGAUGCCACACGUGAUCGAGGUGACGCUGCCCAUGCUGUGUCACUACCUGCCCCGCUGGUGGGAGCGCGGCCCCGACGCCGCCCCCCAGGGCCCCUGGGCCACCGAGGUCACGGGCCAGCAGCUGAACGCGCUGCUGGGCCACAUCCUGCGCAUCGUGGUCAACAACCUGGGCAUCGACGAGGCCUCCUGGAUGAAGAGGCUGGCGGGUGAGGGGGGCUGCGGGUCACGGGUGGGUGCUGCAGGAGGUUCUGGAGGGGUUCUGGUGGUCUUGGGUGGGUUCUGCAGGAGGUUCUGGAGGGGUUCUGGUGGUUCUGAGAGGUCCUGGAGGGGUUUGGGUGGUCUUGGGUGGGUGCUGCAGGAGGUUCUGGAGGGGUUCUGGUGGGUCUGA